AGACAGACAGGCAGGCCUGAGAGAGCCAGAGCCAGGGGAGAUCUCUCAGGGGAAAUAUCUCCUGUCUCCCCCCUCUCCUUGGCUGAGUGAGAUAAGUCUUCUAUGCUUGUAAAUACAGAGUUGCAUGAAUUUGUAAAGAUUGUGGGGAGAAUGCUGUGAAUAGAUUGUAUACGCUGUUUCACCAGAAGAAAGUCUCUGAGCAUAGAUGCUGGAAUUAGGGGUUCAGGGGAUGCUGCUGCACCCCCCCGGCUUGAAGUAGUAAUAACAACCCAAAUCCAUGUUUUCCAUCUUCAGCACCUUCACUAUAAAAAUUGUUCCAGCACCACUGUCUCUGAGCAGUUUAUGCCUAGAAAACAGACAGGAGUGGAAUGAUGCCUUGUCACACAGGGUCAUAGCAUGGUUUAACAGAGAACUGUGAAUUCUCCAAAGGAAUUUCUUCACAUAUUAAUUCUAAUUUUUCAGUUAACUUCCAUUUUUGUAUUUGCUUUCUGCAAAUGUUCUAAUGUGUUUCUGGCAGGACUGUUUGUAGAAACAGCAAAUAUUGCAGUGAAGGAAUCACCAACAAGGAAUUUGGAAUUCACAAUCAUGAGUAUUCAGACCAGAAACUUAAGCGUAUAGGCUAUCCUCAUCCAUUAAGGGAACAGAAACAUGCCAUGUGGCCUAGGUGGUCAGUCAAAAUAACUUGAACUUCAAAUAGUGAAUGCAUCAAACUGUUCACAAAUAGAAACAGAACAGAAAAAGACUUAACCAUAAAAAUUAUUCAGAAAAUACAUUCAAAUUAAUAGAUGUGAGAAAAUGCUGAUCUGCUUGCAGGCAAAUCACAAACAAAAAAAAGGCAAACGUUGUUAAAUAAAUCUUAUUACAAGUUAUUUCCCCAGCUCCAUGGUUGGGGGAUGUAGUUUCAAACACAGUUCAGACCCAUCUACAAUGCAAGAACAUGCAUGGUGGGAGAAUACUCUAUUGAACUUGGUUCCCCCAGCCCUGUAAUUUCAAUAUGGUAACCAGGGCCAUUGAGACUCGUCACUCUGAUAGAGAAACCUAUUAUUUUAGGUUCUCUUUAGGCCCACUGCAAUCAAUGCAAAGUCUGACAUUGGUGUUGGAUCAAGCCCUUUGUGCGCAUGAAAGGGGAACCUUCCCAAAGUACUGGCUCUGUGACAAAAAAGUACAUGGUGAGACUGCUGACCUACCUCCCAGGCAUGACUGUGGCAACAAUCUCUACAAAUCCUCACAUUUUAUAUGAGAUUGGGAAACUAGCUGCCAGAUUGGAUAAAACUCUCACAGAGAAAUUCCAUCAUCCAUCAAUAAAAAGUCUGCAUCGAGGGAAGUUCAUUUGGAACUUGGCAAAUGUUCCUCUUCUAGAGCAGUAUAUUCAUGCCCUGGGCCAGAACAGUUAUCGUGAAGUUGUGGAGCAAGUUAUUCAGCAGUUCAAAGAUAAAAUAGUACCCAAGCUAAGGAAUUUUCGAGCCUGUAUCAAUCACGGGGACCUCAAUGACCACAAUAUCUUAUUAGAUUCCAACACUGCUUCACCAGAGAAUCCACAAUAUAGAGUGUCUGGUAUUUUGGACUUUAGUGACAUGAGCUAUGGUUACUAUGUAUUUGAAUUGGCAAUAACUAUCAUGUACAUGAUGAUUGAGAGCAAGGAUCCUCUCAGUGUGGGAGGGCAUGUUCUUGCAGGGUUUGAAAGCGUUGUACCAUUGUCAACAGAGGAGAGAGAUGCCCUAUUUCUCUUGGUAACUGGUAGAUUUUCUCAAUCACUUGUAAUAGCCUCAUACACUUCCCUCUUGUAUCCUGAGAACAAAGAAUACCUAAUGAUCACAGCAAAAACUGGAUGGAAGCAUUUAUUAAGAAUGUUUGACGUGGGCCAAGAAGCUGUAGAGAAGAUUUGGUUUGAGACUGCAAAAGCAUAUAUGAACAAUGAACCUGUGUAGCUUUCAUACCUUUAUUACAGACACAAAUGUUCAUAUACUUACAAGUAAAGAUGCACCUAAUAAUUUAUGUAAUUGUACAAUUUGUAUUCACUACAUUAUAAAAAGUAAUUUUAAGAUAAAACAAUGCCUUGUGAAUGUUUUCAGAGAUGUAUCAAUGGCUCUUAAGACAGUGAUUUUUUUUAAAAACUACAAGGUGUCUGCUCAUGUUCAGUUACCAGAGCAGUGCAUGCACACUGAAUACUUACACACCCAAACAGCCAGUUAUUUAUAUGCCUAGAGACACUUGGCUUGCUAAAUGUGCAUUGAAAUUGUACAUUUUUUUCACAGGUAAUUGUCCGUGUACAGUUUAGAAAAUUGGGCUCAACAUUGUUACCUAGCAGCUCUGUGUUCUUGGGGAACCAGGGCACAGUACCCAGCCUGUCUGACUCAUGGAAGACCUCCCCCGUUUUCUCCUGUCUCCCCCCACUCCCCGAACCAAAACCAAUCAGAAGAAAGACUUACAAAAAGCAAUGAAAAGGCAGUGGGAGACACACCUAAACCCCUGGGAUAAGGGUGACAGGAUUAAGGAAAUUCCCCUAGCCCCAUUUGCAUCGAAGAUGGGACAAGGAAGCAUCUCUAUUGGCAUACAGAAUGGAGAACAGAGAUUCCAAGGCAAGAACCACACAGAACUCUGGGCCCAGAAAAGCAAGGAAACGGUGCAUCAUGGGAAUCUCUGCUCCAGAUGUUAAUGAACCCACACCUGCACACACCCAGCUCAGCAGUUAACAGACCAAUUCUAGUAUUGGUAUCCAAAAUAGUGAAGCUCCCUAAUUGGGUUGUGAGCUCCCUCCCAGGAACACGGCCCAUAGCCAGAAAUAAUCAGCUCCUGUUGUCUAGCCUGAACAAAAAGACUUUGGUAUACUCCCCUGAGCCAUCAGUUUACACAUAAACAAAUCUAGUGUUCUCUAUUGAACCAUUGCUGUUUCUCUACAAAAACCCCUACCCAUGCUCAAGUAAGUGUUCUGAUGCCUGGAUCCAAAAUCUGCAUCAGUUCCAUUGGGACUUCAUCUUCUCCUAACUGAUCGUGCUGAGGGCUCUGCCUGUCUUCAGCACUACAGACCCUGAACUACCACCAGCAUCUGGGACCUCUGAUAGAUUCAAGCUUCACAGAGUGGUGAGAACCCAUCUUUCCCUCUCUCUCUCUCUCUCUCUCUCUCUCUCUCUCUCAGUUUAGCCUUCUGACCCUGACUUGUGUGAUUAGUUAUAAUUUUCUAAACCUGAUUUUUAUAAUCAAAUUUAAGUUAGAUUUAGUAUAAUAACUGUUUUGUUUGGUUGGUUCCCCUAUGGUUAUUACCUGGCAAUAAAUAACUUUCAUGAUUAA